AUUAUACGGACGUGUUCCUGAAUGUGCUAGGAAGAUGGGGCCACAAACCGUGUUGUCUGAUUCUGAAGAAAAGCGUUUAGUAAAAUGGUGCCAAGAUCUAGCAAAAUGUGGAUUUCCAUUAAAAAGUGAGGAUUUGCUAAACACGGUUCAAACAAUCGUGAAGGAAGAACAGCGAACCACACCGUUUUUAAACGGUCGACCAGGAAGGAAAUGGUAUCAAGGGUUUUUGAAACGUCAUCCCUGUCUAUCAAUUAGAGAAGCAGAAGGAAUUAGUAAGGGUCGAGCGGUAGUAACAGAGGAAGCCAUAAGAAAAUGGUUUAAUGGAUUAAAAAAAUUUCUCAAUGACCAGAACGCUUUGGAUAUUUUAGCUGAUCCAUCCCGAAUAUUUAAUGGUGAUGAAACAAGUUUUAGUAUGUGCCCUAAAACUGGCAAAGUUUUGGCUCCAAAAGGAUAUCGGAAUGUAUAUUCCAUACAAAAGGGGAAUGAAAAAGAAACAAUUACAGUGCUAUUGGUAUUUUCAGCAAAUGGCAAGACCGUGGUACCAAUGGUAGUCUUUCCAUAUAUACGACCGCCCAAAGACAUAAUAAACAGCCUGCCAGAAAAUUGGUUUCUUGGGAAAUCAGAGUCAGGAUGGAUGGUAAGUGAAGUCGAAUAUAUCGCAAAUGGAGUCCACAAUUGGCUUAAUGAUCACAAUGUCCAACGGCCCAUUCUGUUGUUUGUUGAUGGUCAUAAAUCCCACAUGACUUUGGAACUAAGCCAAUUUUGUGAAGACAACAACAUUAUUCUAUAUGCACUACCUCCAAACACUACACACAUGUUGCAACCUGCUGACGUGAGCGUGUUUAAACCACUAAAACAAGAAUGGAAGAAUACCAUAAGAGAAUGGCAAUUGAACCCGGAAAAUAUUUGUAAAGUUAUUAAUAAAUCAACAUUUUGCCCGCUUCUUCACGCGGUUCUCUCUAAAAUAAACAUGGAAGAUACCAUUAAAAAUGGGUUUCGAAAAUGCGGAUUAUACCCUUUUAAUCCUGACAACGUUGAUUACACUAAAUGUGUAAAAAAUCAAUUGGAGUUAUUAGUAGGUGAUCAGUCUGAAAAUGAGAAAAGACUUAAAGAAAGAGAUUUUGAUCGAGCCAUUGAAAUAAUCAACCGAAUAGCUCCUAAUUUAUGUGAACGUGGAAUUGAUUCCGAUGUCAUUAUUGAAGAGAUCAAUAACUUAAAAAGAAAUGGAAAUGAUCAACCUAUUAACAUUUUGAGUAACGUUACCAUAGAGUCAGGCACGUAUAUAAUUAAUGAGGAGGGGGUUUUGGAAAAGCAAACAGAGCUGGUAGUAACGCCAACUUUAGAUACAGAUAAUCCCAGUAAAAAGUUUAAACCUGUUCACUACUCAUCUCCAACUGCAUCAACAAUUAAUGAUAACGAUACUUCAUUUCAGCCUCUUAACUGUUCAAGUCCAAUCCCUACUACUCCUUUAAAUAUUAACCAACCGCUUCCAACUAAUAGAGACUGUUCUUCUCCAAGCUCAUCAGUUACUAGUACGAUUGGUAAAAAUUCCUUAGGCGCUUCGCUAAUGAAAGCCAAAUCCAUGUCACCAACAUUUGAAAAACAUUUAUAUUUCCCAAAGCCAUCAACUUCUUCAAAGCGCAUUUUAAAGCCUAAGGCACCUAGUGCUAUAUCUGCUCUUGCAUGGAGGGUCCAUAUAGAGUCAAAAGAACGUGAAAAAAUUGAUAAAGCUGAAGCUAUAAAAGAAAGAAAACUUCAACGUCAACAAAGAAAAAUUAAUAAAGAAAAUAAACCAAAAAAAAAUAAAAAAGGGAAGAUAAAACAAGUUUGUGGCACAUGUAAAGAAGAUUUGGACACAGACGCUGAGGAUGAUGGUCUGAAAAACAUAGGAUGUGACAUUUGCCCACAGUGGUUUCACCUCAAAUGCACUAAUUUGAAAGAACUGCCGUACGACGAUGUAAUGGGGAUUGACUUUGUGUGCAUAGCAUGCAAUGACCAAAUAGACUGA